AACUCUAAUAUCACCUUCCAUGCACUCACUCUCUGGUCAACCAAACAAUUUAAUAAUCAUCCACUGGGUCCCACCCUCUGUCUUUUUGUCCCUCUCUAGUGUCUUCAUAAAAGCCUCUAAAUCUCUCAAAAACUCUCAUAACUCCAAAUAAUCAAACCAUGGAAGACGAGACAGUUUUCACCUCCGAUACCGAUCUUGAUUUCAGCUUCACCUCAACCACCACUGACCGAACCUUCGCUUCCUCCAGCGCUCGAUCCAGUCUCACUCUAAGUUUUAACGAGUCCCGCCUCUCCACAACCACCACUAACACCGCCACUACUUUCGUCCACCGCGGCAAAUGUGAUCCGAAUUGGUCGGCAAUCAAGACAGCAAGGAGCCUCUCCUCCGACGGAAACCUCCACCUCCGCCAUCUCAAGCUCGUCCGCCACCUCGGAACAGGAAACCUCGGUCGCGUCUACCUCUGCAACAUCAGAGACUGCAAGAACUCGGACUUCGCACUCAAGGUCAUCGACAGAGAGUCGCUCACUCACAAAAAGUUGUUGCAGGUACAAAUGGAGGCUCAGAUCCUCUCCAUGCUAGACCACCCUUUCCUCCCUACACUCUACGCGCACAUCGAGGUUUCGCACUACACGUGUCUCUUGAUCGACUACUGUUGUAAUGGUGAUCUCCACUCGCUCCUCCGUAAACAGCCUGGUAACCGGUUACCGGUCCAGGCGGUCAGGUUCUUCGCUGCGGAGGUACUGAUUGCUUUAGAAUACUUGCACGCGCUCGGCAUUGUUUACCGGGAUCUGAAGCCGGAGAACAUUCUGUUACGCGAAGAUGGGCAUAUCAUGCUCUCCGAUUUCGACUUAUGCUUCAAGUCAGAGGUUGUCCCCACAAUGGAGACGACACGUGUGAGGAAAAGAGUGAGCAGGACGACCAAUUGUUUCGGUGGUCCGGUAAAAGAACCGGCGGAGGAGGACGUGGAGGUGGAGUUCGUGGCGGAACCUACAGCGGCGUAUUCGAAGUCAUGCGUCGGUACUCACGAGUACUUGGCGCCGGAAUUAGUUUCCGGUAACGGUCACGGUAGCGGCGUUGACUGGUGGGCUUUUGGGAUAUUAAUUUACGAAUUACUCUACGGAACGACGCCCUUUAAGGGAGGGAGCAAAGAGGGGACCCUGCGCAAUAUAGCGUCCAACAUGCAGGUGAAGUGCCACGUGGCUGAGAGCGAAGAGAAAGGUAUGGAGGAGGCGAAGGAUUUGAUAGGGAGACUCCUGGUGAAGGAACCUAGUCGGAGACUAGGGUGCUCCAAGGGUGCCACGGAGAUUAAACGACACCGUUUCUUCGAUGGGCUCAAUUGGGCCUUGUUAAGGAACUACAAGACACCAGAUGUGUAUGGACAAGUGAAGAAAGGGCAGCCUCACGUGAAUCACGUGACCGGGGAUUCUCGUGGCCGGAGGCGGCGGUCGUGGUGGAAGGGAUUCCGUUUUCUCCUGAAAAAUAAGGGUGGUGAGAAAUUUAAACGGUUGAAUUCUAAUCUUAGUAAUAGUAGUUAUUAUCAUCAUGUCAAUAGUACUAAGAUUGAUUAAUUUGUAAAAGAAAUAGUUGAAUUUUAUUUUCUUAUUUGAAAGGUUUCUAUAAUUUUAGAGUUAAAAAGUUUAGGAUUGUGUAAAAUAGAUGUGGAUGGAGAGAUACCAUAAUAUCAAUUUUGAUUGAGAAUACUAUUCAAAUUCA